CUGCAUGGGAGAGAAGAAAUCCAAAACAAACCAAAUCGAGUUUUUUCGUUCGAGCUUCUUGUGUUGCGUCUUGUGAGUGUAAUUUCCAAGUUAUCCGAUCGAUACGCCUCCUGGAACUAAAGAAAGUCCGCAGCGCACAGAGGAACGAGAAAUGGUGGCCUAGAGCCAGCGGCCUUAUCAAAAAACGGGAAAAUCCCAAAGCGUCAAAAGGCUAGUGGCGGCCGCGGACAACCCCAACCAGUCGUCGUCAUGGAGUAUUGAGUGAAAGCGUGAAGGAAACCCGUGAAACGCGAGAGUAUGUGCGGCACGUUCUGCGCCCAAUGGCGCGCCUGGCUCCGGCCCCUUUUGGUGAUCCUGUACGUCCUGUUUGUCAUCAUCGUCGUCCCGCUGCUGAUCGUCGACUCGGUCAAGGAUGGGUUCACACACAAAGGCCAGCUCAUCCUGAUCGGGGGGCUAUUUGUGCUCUGCGCGAUCCCGAUUUCGAUUUGGCAAAUUGCACAACACACCAUUCACUACACUCAACCGCAGCUGCAGCGGCACAUCAUCAGAAUUCUAUGGAUGGUACCGAUCUAUGCGCUCAAUGCGCUUCUCUGUCUGGUUUACCCGCGCAAGUCGAUCUAUAUGGACAGUAUCCGCGAGUGCUAUGAAGCGUAUGUGAUCUACAACUUUAUGAAAUACCUGCUUAACUAUCUUAAUCUAAGUAUGGACUUGGAGCGUACACUCGAAACCCAUCCACCCACGAAUCACUUCUUCCCGCUCUGCUGGCUGGCACCGUGGCGCAUGGGAAGAGAUUUCGUGCACAACUGCAAGCACGGUAUCCUGCAGUACACCGUCGUACGUCCGCUGACCACCGUCAUAGCCUGCAUAUGCCAAAUCAAGCACGUGUACGGCGAGGGUCAGUUCCGGGCAUCCGUUGCAUUCCCCUACCUAGUGUUCGUCAACAACUGUACCCAGUCGAUAGCAAUGUAUUGCCUGAUCAUGUUCUAUCGAGCGACGCGCGAGGAGUUGCGGCCCAUGCGACCAUUGCCAAAGUUCCUCUGCAUUAAGGCGGUUAUUUUCUUCUCCUUCUUUCAAAGUAUCAUCAUUUACGGUCUCGUGUAUUAUGGUGUAAUCAAGGAUAUCUUUGAUACCAACACGAACGAGUUCGAGUCCCAGCUGGAGCUGUCGACAAAGCUGCAAAAUUUCCUUAUCUGCUUCGAGAUGCUGUUGGCCGCACUGGCCCACCAUUACAGCUUCUCGCAUAGGCCGUAUCAGUUGAACUACCCGGUCAGCUCUAUCGCGAUCGGCAGCAUCAACGGGAGCAGCAGUGGGCCGUGGUAUUCGGCCUUUCUCAACAUGCUCGAUCUGUCGGACGUGCGGCAGGACGUAUCGGAGCACUUCGGAGAGAUGGGCAGCUCGUUGAGCCGUCGCUUGCGUGGUCGUAACAUUUAUCAGGAAGCACGAUCGAGUGGCAGAGACUGUGAUAUGGCCUAUCCGGGUACGGAGCGGGAGUUCCUUGUCCCGCCCGGUGGCAGCGGUAGCAAUCUUCUCGGUAGCCAGUGCUACCAGAGCGGGAUGUACUAUAAUACCGGUGCACCGCAACUGCUUACCGGUGGCUCGGGCAAGGGUGGCCCCAACGCCAGCAAUCAGCAGCGGUACGGUGCGUUCGAGAGUGGCAUCAGCAUCGCGCGACCCAAGCCCGUCAAGCUGGUCGAUACGCCAAACGAGGGAGCACCGAAGGAACCCAACAUUUUCAACCAAUUCCCCAGUGCGAAAAACUUGAAUCUGGAGCUCAGCAAAACGCCCAGCUACGAGAACCUGCUCUCGUUGAAGAGUGAAGCAACGACCAGCAGCGACCGAGGCGGCAAGGGACGAUCGAAGAAACGUACGACUGACGGUGGUGCGUCGAAUAGUGAUUACAGCACGAUAAACCCGCGUGUGGAGCGAUCAGAGAGCAAUAACGGCAGUGAUUGGUUGAGCACACCGGACGACGAGCUCGGCAUCGACGUGCAGGGUCUAUCGUCGAGUGACAAUAUUCACAUAAAUCCUAACCGGAAAGCGUAGUAUACACUGCCAACGUUGUGGUUCACUUGUAAGGAUUCCCUUUAUAAGACCCGUCAGCCAGCAGUAUUUGGUGGCUAUAUUUGGUUGCGUGUAGCCGUUGCUCUUCUGAGCUGAGAUUUGUUUUUUUUUGUUUUUUUUUGUCACGUUAGGUGUUCUAGAGAGGCGCAAGUUUACACUUGAAAUUAUAAGCAUAUUCCAUGUAAUUCAUUACUUGAACAACUCACCUUCAAUCUCAUACAGGACUGUGCAAUCGUAUCUGUGGUAGAACCAAAAAUCCAAAAUCGCGCAGAAAAAAGCUUCCAGAAGAGAGGUUGCGUUUUUUGCUUUUUUCAGCGAUUCGAGAGGAACAUAUUUUUUCGGAAAAGUUUAAGCAUAUCGUGAUCAAAUAAAUCUGGUAAUCUUA